AUGACUGUAUGUUCGGGCUGCGGAGUUGUUACGGAUACCACUAUUUGUUGCCCCAUUUGUUUAAAACACAACAAGCAGAUAUUUUAUUGCUCGCAAGAAUGUUUUGAAAAAAAUUACAGUGAUCAUAAAAAAAUUCAUUAUUUCAUGAAAAUUAUGAAUAGCGAAGAAAUGCAUAACAGACUAUAUGAAAACAACCCUAAGAGCGAGGACCCAAAGUUGCCUGUAAUCAUUUUGACAGGCGAUAAGGGAAAUAUAAACGAUAAUGAAAGUACAGACUAUAGUGUUAACGGGAAUGUAAACCUGAACGAGAUCAGAAAAAGAAAUGAGAUAAAUGACGUAGUAAAUGAAGUAGCAAAUGAAGUGGCAAGUGAAGUAGCAAAUGAAGUGGCAAGUGAAGUAGCAAAUGAAGUGGCAAGUGAAGUGGCAAGUGAAGUAGCAAAUAAUCUAGCAAAUGAUGUAGCAAAUGGCACAUUAAAUAGCAUAUCAAACGGCGUGGCAAAGGGGAUUUCAAAAGAUGAUUUACUUAGUGAAGAACAUAAACGUAAGAAUGAAGUAAUGCCAAUUUUCCGAACUGAACAUAAUCGAUCAAAUGCUAUUCAAUUCACAAGUGUAGAUAAUAACACAAAAGGAAUGAAGAAGUAUGAUUCAAGUAACUUCUUUAGUAACAACAGUGAAUAUAAUAUACACGCGAAAAGUGGGAUCUUUGAAAAUAUGCACAGAAAAAAAAAUUAUAACAAAUACCGAAAUAUUAAAAAUAAUUAUUUGUCUGAUGAUGAUAUAACUGGAGAAGAUUCGAAAAAUAAUAUACAUAAAAAUAAUUUAAAAAAAAAUAAAUCCAAUUCUUAUAUGAACAGUAUUAUAGGAUAUUUAUUUUCGAAUAAGUACAAUAUGAUUUUGCCAUACUAUACGGACAUGUCAGUUAAACUUGAUAAAAUAAAUUCGAAAAAUAUAAAAAUGAAAAAUAAAUUAAGUGAUAAAAAAAUUAUGGAAAUAAAAAAACAAUUAAAGAUAAAAAAAAUAUUUCGACUUACAAUUCUUUUAGUAAUCAUUUCAAUUAUUAUUAUUUUAUCGACAUGUAUAUUUUCAUAUAUAUUAGAAACGUCACAAAAAAAUAUCCAAAUAAAUUCUGAAAAUUUAUUAAAUAAACGUAAUACUAAUAAAAAUUCAGAUAUAUUAGAAUUGAAAUCAUAUAUAAAUGUAAUUGAGGAUUUACGAAAAGAAAUAUCUGAAAUGAAAGAAGUUCUGUACAUGCAUAAUAUUUAUAUAAAUAAAAAUUUUAACCUGAACAAUUCAUACAGUAUUUUUAACAAUUUCAAUAAAAUGAAACCGAGUGUUACCUCUUCCUACAAUAAGAAACUGUCAGAUAAAGUAGGUAGUUUAACAUCUCACUUAUAUUAUAACGAUCCUGUAUCUUCUUCUAGUGGAAGUUAUAACAACAUUGCUAAUAUGCAAGAAGACGAAAAAGAACAAGGAACUGGCUCAGCACAAUUUACGCAAUACCGUUAUGACAUUAAUGAUAUCCAUCAGUUAAGCAGUGUAACUGAUGAAAAAUUUGUUAAUAAUGGUAGCUCUAAUCAAGUUAUAAACGGGGAGGAUGAGAAACUUGCGCAAAUUCGCAGUGUGUCCCAAGUGUUUGGCACAAGCGGCGCGGAAAAUUUAACCGUUAGUGUGAAUAACAGUGGUAGUACCAAGGGUAGUAAUAACUCAAACGAAAACGAGAUUGCUGGUCUGGAGAGCGAAAAAAAGGAACAACAUUAUACUUUGAAUGAAAAACGAAACGAACAAAGUACGGACGCAAAUUCAAAUGAACAUGAACUGACUGUAGAAAAUAUUAAAAAUUUUAUAAAAAAUCAUAAUGAAUCAAAUGAUUAUGAGUACGCAAAAAUAAGUAAUGUAAUUGUAAAUGAAGAAAAACCUAUAAAUUCAAAAAGUGCUAUAACAGAUGGCAAGGGGAUUAUUAACGAUAAAGAAGAUACAGAUAUGAAAAAUUUGAAAAACGAAAAUUUAAUACAAAGCCAUCAAAUAAAAGAAAAACAUAUAAAAUAUUCCUCCAAAAUGGAAGACAAUGAAAAUGGAGUCAACAUUGAAAAAAAAUUUGUUAAUAACAAGAUGAACAAAAAAAAGCAAAACACAAUUUGA